CACCGCUUGCGCGGCCGCCCACGCGGUUGGCAAUGCAGGAGGACGCGCUCGCCAGCCUCUUUGAGGACAAGCCGCCCGCGUCGUGGUCUUCGCCAGAGUGGCAGUGGGGCUCGGCGGCCGGCGCAGCGCACGAGGUCGCGGCACGGGUGCGGGAGGACCUCAACAAGCCUCACCGACGCUCCGCCUUUCUCACUUAUGCAAAGGCAGACGAGCCCGCAGUCGACCUCGUGGACCUCAAGAUGGCGCUGGCGCUCGCGUGCCAGCGGGCGCGAAACUACGGCUGCGACGAGCCCGACCGCCGGUGGGAGGCGCUGAUGGAGGAGAUGGCAGCCUGCAAGUACGAACGCAUGGAGGAGGACGCCACGGGCAAGGUCGUGCCCACGAUUGACGUCACCGCGCUCGCCGAGGCGGUCAACGGGAGGCUGCCCACGCCGUUUGGCGCCGCGGUGCUUUCGGAGCGGCCCGUCUCUGUCAUCGCAGAGGGCCUCGUCGCGCUGGACUUCGUCGAGAAGGGGUGCUAGUGAGCGGGGCUGCGAGCGGCCGGAGCGGCACGCUGCCCAGCGCGGAGGUUGUGCGUAUAUUUUAUUCAUUUACCCUCGCUGCAGCC